UACGAGCAUAGAUUAAUUACGCUCUGUAGCAAUGAUAUAAUCCAUUCAAAAUUAAAGUAUGAAAACUAUGAUUCCAAUCGACCUCUUUGACUAAAGUAUAUGCUAUCUUGGUGUCUCUAUGUUUCAUAUGUGUAGAUUAAUAUAUUAUUUAAUCAGUUUUCUGUGAACUUUGCCUACAAAGGCGGGAAAUGUGUUAUUUCUUAAUCAUGCAGAAGAUGCUUUGUCAGGAUAUUCCUUGCAGAAAUUAUCAAAUUUCUUGCAUCAUGGAACUGAUUGGACAGCCAGGAGAACCAUUGCCACCUGCAGUAUUUGUGUAUGGCCAUACUGCAACAGGAAAGACAUUGGUCGUGAGCCACAUACUGGAGGCACUGCAGUACAGCCAUGCUGUGGUGAACUGUAUUGAAUGCUACAUGCCACAGUUACUUUUUGAACCAAUACUGAACAAGAUACAUGGUCAUGAACUGUCAUGUGCAAAGAAGUAUGUCCCAUAUGCUAGCUGUGACUAUAUGAUGGAUUUUGUCAGUUGCCUCAGAGAUUCAAAGAUUGUUGCCCAAGAGAAGAAACCAUGUAUAAUUGUUCUGGACAAAUGUGAAAAACUUCGAGAUAUGGAUGCCAACCUUCUCCCAGCAUUCCUUCGACUUCAAGAAUUGACGAAGUUAAACAAUAUAUGUGUCUUUUUCCUCAGUGACGUUGUGUGGGAAAAAUUUCGUAUUAGGGAAGGCUUCCAAGAGCCAAUACAAAUUCAUUUCCCACAAUAUACGAAAGUAGAUGAGCUGGUGGAAAUUUUGUUGCGGGAUCAUCCACCAGGAGGCAGAUGGCCUAAUGACUUCUACUGCAGUUAUGUGAAGCUGUUCCUGGGUAUCUUUCAAAGAGCAUGCCGAGACCUAAAUGAAUUGAGACAUAUGGCUCAGCUGAAUUUUCCAAAAUAUUGUGAUCCAGUACUAAAGGGAGAGACACAGAUGGACGAUGUUAACAAACUGUGGAGACACGUAACACCACAUCUCAGGUCAUCAUUGGCGCAGUUGUAUCUCAGGACAGUGUCCAGUUAUGGCCAGGAAGAGCCUACCAAGUCAACAGCAUUGUCUUCAUCUGCAACAUAUGUUCUGAGUUUUGAUCUACCUUACUAUGCCAAGUUCUUCCUAAUUGCUUCAUACUUGGCAUCUUACAACCCUGCAAAGGCUGACCGUCGUCUUUUUGUGAAAAAUCAUGGGAAAGAGCGCAAGAAGAAGCAACAGCAGAAAAAACUAGCAGAGCAACUGUUGGGUCCCAAACCAUUUGCAUUAGACAGGCUUCUUGCAAUAUUUUAUGCCAUCAUUGGAGAGGAUGUGAACCUGACAGCCAGUCUUUUGUCUCAGAUGUCAUCUCUGGUGAGACUGCAGCUACUCACAGCAGUUGGUGAUGAUAACAUUGACUUACCACGAUAUAAGUGUGCUGUGGACUUUGAAUUUAUCAAUACUGUUGCAAGGACUGUUAAUUUCAACAUACAGAAAUAUUUGUAUGAAUUCAUGUGAUGAAUACUUAACAAUGCUCAAGAGAAUUUGGUGCUCCUGUAGACUACAUUCACUGAGUGAAUUUAUAAAGCAGGAAAACGGCAGCAAUUCAUUAUUACAGUAACUGCAGAAACAGCUCCUGUGGAGUACAUUCAUUUUUAGUCCAGUACUAUUGACUUUGUAUAUACAGUUUACUAUUUCAUUAAAUAUUUUAUUCCUUGCA